UUCAAGAACUUCAAGACCUACUAGAACUUCAAGAACUUCAAAGGAGUACUUCAUCAAGCACCCCCCACAUAUACUAUGAGUGUAGCAUGAAGCCAGUUCUUUAUGCGUGGUGGGGUUGGGGGGUGUGUGUGGCGCUCCUAGUGCUGCAAUGUCAAGCUAGACCCAGCCCCGGCUCAGAUUCUGAGUCGUGGCGACCCAUCACUGGACACAGAGUCAACAGGCCGCUGUUCCGAGAUGAUGAGGGUCAAAGAGAGAGGAAGAGCCAAGAUGUCAAGGAGAAGGUGGGAGGAGUCAGCACAGAGGCAGCUAAUGAGGCUCGGGCUAGUCCGACCAGUCCGACACCCAUCGGAGAGAGUCUCAAGAUGGUGACCAAGCAGCUACUACAGUCUCCACAGGCAACAGACAUGGUCGCCACGGACGUCCGCACUCCUCCUAAGAUCAAAACACACAUCACGACCGAGGAGUUUGUCCCGCUGGGUAAAGGAGAAGCCAUCCCGCUAGACCCGGACAACACACACUCGUACCAAGUCACAAACACUCAACACGUCAAAGUAUCCACAGCCGAGUCUACCCCUGCCAGCGGAAUAUCCACCUGGAUACUCCUGAAUGGCAGUGAACAAUCCACUCAAGCAUCGCAGAAGAAGCAGCCAACAAAACCCUUGAGUGUUGUGUCAACUCCAGUACCCCUGAAGAAAAAGCAGCCAAAGCCAACCCAAGAAACGUCAAAGCCGACUUAUGAAGCUUUGAAAAAUAACACGCCUGUGAAAGUAGAAAACAAACAGGCAGCAACCAUCACAAAAGUAGACAAUCCAAAGAAGACUCAGUCAGUAAAUCAAGAGCCGCUCGUUAAGAUUCCUGCGGUGAUGUUGCAAGAUGCAAAAUUCAAGAAUAAGACUCCAGUGAUUGUUGGCAAAGUGCCAUCAUCUGCUUCUACAAAGAACAAGUCGGAGGUUGUUGCGACAUUCAAGAAAGGAAAUGCAACAAUUGUACCAGUUAAUCCGGGCAAGGUGGAAGCUCUUGCUCCUCAGUCUGUGAGAAGGAAGGUCACUGUUGUUCCAACGACUUCAACAACGGCUGCAACCACUCUUCAGACAUCAAAGCCUCAUUACCAGUACGAGAUGGUUCCAACAACAUCGGUUGUGGUUCACACGGACAUUGUAGAAGCUGAGACAACUGAAGAGGUGGGGACAACUGAACUACCGACAACAACCACCAAACGGACUCGCAAACCAGGAACCAAAAAGAAGAAGAAGAACAAGAACCGCCGUCGUCGUCCAGCCAAGAAGCCUGAAGGUGUUGUUGAAAGUAAAGUCACAGAGGAAAACAACUCGACCAGAAUUGCUCCUAAUGGUUCUAGACCUCUUUCUACUAGAAUUUACAACUAUCUGUCAAGGGAAAUCAUGCCAAGCGUAGGAGUAGGCAUUGUCGGUUUGGUGUUGACUGCCGGUCUUGCUGGACUUCUCUUGUAUCCGUUUGGAGGACCAGUGGCUGCUCGCAGAACUUACGAGAAGACACCUGGCACUACAUCAGAUGGACAUAUGUACUAUAAUGCUUACAACGACUACAACACCAAUGGGGAAGUCGAUAAUGGACAAGCGGAGGAAACUGUUUUUGGACAAGUGCUUGCAGGAAUGCAACAAUCAGAGAGCAAAUACGAGAAAUACCCGAGACCUGCCACUUCCGGUGCAGCUCCAACUUCAAGUGCACAUUACUCAGCACAAAGCAAAUACAGAUAUGACCCAUCCCAUGAAUACGGUUACCAAUCAAGCUAUCAAAAUAAAGACAAAUACUCUUCAUCCAGUGAUGUCUCUACUGCUAUGGGACGUAACCCAGAAGGAUACUCAACUCUACCGGACUCUGCCAGUUUAAGUUCUAAAUACAGUCCGUCAUACAGUGUUAGUAGUACCGGUAGUCAAUACUCAGCUCCUAGUGCAAGCUAUGCAAUUACUCAGUAUGGAGAUCCCAAAUACAGUGCUUCAAUCAGUGCCAGUGGAUACGGUGAUACUAAAUAUUCGUCAGCAGUGGACUCAACGAGUGGUGUCGGAAGUGUUCAGUAUGAUUCGAAAUACUCAACUUCCGUCGAUUCCACUGGCAGUUCAGAUGGAACAAAGUAUUCCACUGGCAGUUCAGAUGGAACAAAGUAUUCCACUCUCACUGGUCUCAGUGUGGAGCCUCAAAGCAGUAAAUACACAUCAACGUCAGACGAUCAAUCAGUAAAAUAUACCCAAGGUACAAAGUACACAUCCCUCACAGAAGACCAAGACAACAAGUACCAAAGUCCUACGUAUACCUCCAUAACUGACGGCCAAAGUACAAAAUACACAUCUAUGACAGAAAACCAAGGCAAAUACACUUCAAUAACUGACAAUCAGAGUGGGAAAUACUCAAUGACCGACAGUCAAGGAAAAUAUCCAACAUCUGCUGAGUACACAGCUUAUAGCAACCCAUCCGAUAUUGGCACUCAGAAAGGAUCUUACAGCAGCAAUCACAAACAAACCACUUACACCGACAUUGAAUACGAUGAUACCAAGAGUCUGCCUUCCAUCACAGAGGAAGACAAGUCGGACAAGAGCCAGCCGACAUUCAGCGCACUGCAUUCAGCAGAUGACUCGUACUCCAACAUAGACUCCAUGUCCAUGUUCUCUGGGAGUUACAACAACGAGGUGAGGCACAGACAAGGUGUGUUGGCCGUGGAGCACGGACCUCGCAGCAUCAAACUGGACCGACAGAAGCGACAGAUCGACACGAAACAGAACGAGGUCGACGGUUCACUAACAGAUGAAACAACGACAAGCGAGUCUGCAACAGAAACACAGACUGAGAAAACCACUGAGGAGCCAAAGAACGCAUCUCCUUCUCACGAGAACUCUGUGGAAAGCACAACUUGGAGUAUGCCGAAGGAAACCGAAUCCACGACAAAACUCCCUCCUUCCCGGGAACACACGUUUUUUGGCUUUUUGAGGAGAAUCGCAGAGAUGAAGCUGAGAAUGGGCCUUGAAUUGCUAAGGUCGACCACUCAUGCGGUCGCCCGAUACUUGGACGAUGUUCAGAAGCGGAUGGAAAACGUUGUGAGAGAGAUGGACAAGAAAACGGACAGACAUAGACGGGACUUGUUCAAAAAGAUGAUUUAGAUCUUCUACAAGCUCAACACCAUAGGGCAUUAAGCUGAACUGAUAACAGCCUCUAAGUGAAGACUGUUAAACCUCUCUUUUGAGUGAUUUUUAUCUUUUAUCCAGAAUCUGUAAAACCUUUUUUUAAAUGUUCAAAACUUCUCAGGAGGUGGAGGGGUUGGGAAAACCGGUUGGUAUUUCAGAUUUCUAAAUUAUAUCAAUGUUGACGUAUUCCUCAAUUGUUUGUACCAUAUUUUAAACAUGUUGACUGUAAAACAUCUUUUGCACUCUGACAAACAGGGAGGUUUACUGGGUUUAAAAUUGUAAAAGUUGUUCAAUAAGUAGACGUGGAUGUGUAAACAGGAUGAACUCCUCGUAGUUUUAACAUGAAGCUUUAAUCUGAUAAAGAGGGUAUCCUGCUGAUUACAUAUCUAUCUUAAACUGAAAGAAUGAUUCUUGUAAGUGCAUUUAUGAUUUAAGGUACUUAACAACUUGUGAUAGUCAUUUAUUUUUAUGUUAUCCAUUUGAGGUGUUAUUUAUAUAGCUUUCACUCGCAUUUCUUUCGCAUCUUGCCUCUUUACUCAAUUACUAUAUUUAACUUAGACCUAGUGUUUCUGAUUAUCGAUCGCAUUAGUUAUUUAUUUAUGUUGAAUAUUGUAAAUAUUUUUUAUAAGUGUGAAUAAAUAUGUGUAUACUACA